AUGAUACCGAUUAUAGUGCGAGUAUGGUGCGAGAGCGGGGUAGGAUGGUCCCCCACUGCGGUGCCUGUGACCCCACAGACUACCAGCAGAGAUGUGUUGGACUGUUGCCGGGAGCCCGGAGACGAACCCUGUCUCCUCAUCAGCGUUCAUCCACAUCAUGGAGUUCACGUUCUUCGGGAUAUGGAGUCACCUUUGGAGGUGGCUUCUGCUUGGGGACCUGAUGUCCAGUUCGUCCUUAAGUACAUAGAUGAAGGUAAGUUGUUGUUUUAUGGUACGAUUAUAGCAUACACGGUUUUGGAGAAAGGAAUAGAAUAG